AUGGCUAUAGACUACAGCCCGCGGAGUGUCGCCGACGCUACGCGAUUUACGUCUAAUACUCCCCAUGCGAAUGCGAAAGCCGCAUCCCGCUCUCCUCCAUCGUCAAGCAGCUCUUCCCCCUCCACUACCUCAUCACAGCAAACCCAAAGAAGUAUGCCGCCGCCCGGCAUGCCUAGGCCUUCGGCACCGGAGACCAUGGAAGAGCGCGUACGUCGGUUACGGGCUGCACAUCUCGCGGCGAGGAAGCAUGAGACGUCACGGUUUGACCGUGUUGUUGGCGUAUCUAGGAGGUACUUUGAUGCCGCUCACAAGUUUACUGUUUUGGGUUUGAUCGGAUUUAGCGGCCUCGCACUCUUCGUCACAGUCUACGCAACAGCCGAUAUGAUGGUAUACAAUCGCAAGCGCCGGAGCGAGUUCUUUGCUCUCCAGAAACAACUUAAAACCGACAGUUUGGAAGCUGCGCGUUUGGCAUAUAUGACGGGCACAGCAUCUGAGGAACAAGUUACGCUUGUAGAGGAAGCCGAGGAAAAAGCUAGACAGUCAGGCAUAAGCCUACCGCCCUUACUAUCUACACCCAAGCCGAUUGCUUCGGAAACGGGCACAAUGGAGAGCACGGAGAGAAGCUCCUGGCCCGGAGAGUCUAUGGUCGAGAGCAGUAUAUCCGCUGCGAACAAGGUAGAGCAGCCCAAGAAGAAGACAUUCACUUCGUGGUUAUUCGGCGGGCUAAAGGAUGAAGAGGUCAGCGAAGAGCCCUUACAGUUCGACAAAGAAGCCGCGGCAGCUUCGGGUCUGCCUUCGCGCUCGAGUAUCACCAAUGCGGUUGACGGGUCGCAACAGGCGUUGAAGGACAAGGCGAAGGCAGCAUUCGAUCAGGAGCGGGAGAAUCAAAGGAAUGGAGGACCUCUAGACCAGGUCGGUUCGAGCGGGAAGUCGAAUAGUAAUGAAACCAAGAAGAGCGGGUGGUGGUAG